UCAUUUCGGGAUUUAGAGAUGGAAAUAUACAAUGUUACUAAUUAUGAUCGAGUGGAAGACCGUCUACGCAUCACGGUGAAAUGUCCAAUGGGAGGCGAAUGGGAAUUUGUUAACGUAUCAAAUGACAAUACACUAUCUGGCGUGAUGAGUAUAUUUCCGUUCCAUGGAUGUAUAAAAUUAUACGUGGAGAAAGAUGGGUCGACGGCACACGACCGUCCAAAUACCGUUUAUCAAACGGAAAUGUGUCGUACCCGCAAUGAUCAAAGGAAUUACGUCAAUCGCGAACGAGGUCGUACAUCAAGGUAUAAAGUAAUGAUCUUUAUAAAUCUUUUUCGUGAUUUCUCAAUUAGUUUAGGUGCGCGAAAUUAAUAACUUUGUCUUGUAAGUGUUUCAGAGAGUUUGGAGUUCCAUCUCAGCCAGUUAGUGCAGCAUUGCCAUCUGCUGUGAUGGAUCCGUCUCCGUUGGUUGAUCAAAAUGAGUGGUCUACUGUCCCUCCUUAUCAAAGUCCACGACCAUCAUCUUAUGUUCACGAAUGGACGGAUUGGGAAGUCAGAACCACUAUCCCUCCUUAUCAAAAUGAAGGUCCAUCAUGUAGUGUUCAUCAAUGGCCGGCUUGGGAAGAAAGAAAUACUAGCCCUCCCUAUGUAGAUGAAGGUCCAGGAUCAUCUAGUGUUCAUGAAUGGCCGGCUUGGGAAGUAAGAAAUACUAACCCUCCUUAUGUAGAUGAAGGUCCAGGACCAUCUAGUAUUCAUCAAUGGUCGGCUUGGCCAGUAAGAAAUACUAUCCCUCCUUAUCAAAAUGAAGAUCCAUCAUGUACUCAUCGUGAAUGGACCAAUCGGGGAGUGACUACAACUGAUCUAUUGGACGUAAGUAGAAGUGAUGAGGAGUAUGUUAGUGAAACUGAUGAAGAGGAUCAAGGGCGAAUUGAUGCUGAUUCUAGUGAUGACGAGGAGUCCUUUGUUGCGUGUUCUUUGGAUCCUGAUCAUGACGGUGGCUUGAAUGCCCUCGCAUGCGCCAUUCGAGAUGAAGGUGUUGAAUGGAUUGAAAACUCAAAUGCCAACAACGAAGAUGUACCGGACCCGGUGGAAUUCGUGGAAUUUGAAGAUCAACGACAACGGUUUGUCCUGGGUAAUGAAUUAAUUAAUCAAAGCGUUGUUGAUGCAUAUAGUGAACAAAAUAUUGAUCAGGGUCCUCCAAGUGAUGAAGCAUGGGCUAAUCGGACUUUUUCUGAUAAAUCAUCGCUAGUAAGGGCCUUGGACGCUUGGCACAUUGCACAUAAUGUGCAGCUUAAAGUUGUUAAGUCAAAUACAACUAGAUAUACUGUGCGAUGUGUGGUCGAUUCUUGCCCUUGGAGAUUACAUGCCUCUCAACCGAAAGGUAGUUCAUUUUUUAAAGUAAAGACUUAUAAAGGUCCGCACACUUGUUUGGUUCCAAUUCUAAAUACAAGACAUCGAAACUGCACAUCAUCUUUCAUAUGUCAAUUUAUACUACCUACACUGAAGGCAAGGCUUACAAUGAGUCCGAUGGAAAUUCAAGCUCGAGUUCAGAGCGAGUUACACGUUAGCAUAUCAUAUAGCAAGGCUUGGCGGGCACAGAAUAAAGCACUACAAAUUAUAUACGGUAGUUGGGAGCAAUCAUACUGCGACCUUCCUCGAUACUUCUCUAUGUUGGAAUCAACAAAUCCAGGAACUAUUACAAAGAUUGAGUAUAUUAGUGUGGCGAGCAAUACGAGAAUGUUUUCACGAGCCUUUUGGGCUUUUGGACCGUCGAUUCAUGGUUGGGAGUAUUGCCGGCCAUUACUUAGUAUCGAUGCUACUCAUCUGUAUGGGAAAUACGGAGGCCACGCAUUAAUUGCCACAGGUGUCGAUGCGAAUGGUGGUUUAUUUCCGCUAGCUUUCGCAAUUUGUGAGGGGGAGAAUGGCUCGAGUUGGGAGUGGUUUUUAAGUUGCCUAAGAAGGUAUAUAACAAGAUCUCGAGUUAUUACACUAAUUUCAGAUCGUUUUAAAGGCCUAGCGAACCUCGUUGCACUUGUAUUCCCACCAUCUGAAGGUCAUGCGCAUCGAUGGUGUUUACGACAUAUGAAGGCCAAUAUGAAUAUUCAUUUCAAAGAAAAACACUUACUUAAAAUUUUUUAUCGAAUUGGGAGUGCUUCAGAAGAACGGCAAUAUUACGCAUUAAAGGAAGAAUUGAAGGCUAUGGAUGAAGAAGCUUGGCGUUGGGUUCACAAUCUUCAUAACGAUAGGACAUACUGGGCUAAAGCUUUUGAUGGUGGUCGAUGAUUUGGUAUUAUGACAACUAACCGAUCGGAAAGUUUAAAUGGGGUGUUGAGGAGAGUUCGCGCCUUACCAAUUACAACUUUUGUGAUGGCAACAUUUCAUCAAGUGGUAGAAUUCUUUCUAAAACAUCGAGGGGAGGGCGCUGCAAUGUCUACGCAAUUUGUAUCGAAUGUUGAAAACACCAUCAAUAGCCGGAUGAGAAGUGCUAGAGCAUAUACAGUUCGACGAUUUGCAUUUCACAUGUUCGACAUACUUACUGGGGGUGAUGAUCAAUACCAAGUGAUUAUCAAUGGAAGCAGUUCUACAUGUUCAUGUUUGUGUUUGCAACUCACAGGAAUCCCUUGUUCACACAUUUUGUCAUGUUGUAGUUCAUCACACAUGAACAUAGAUUAUUAUGGCUUAUGUUCUCCUUGGUAUACUGUCGCAUCAUAUUGUAAGACUUAUGAACCGCAGUUCAACCCCGUACCCGAUCGCCGUUAUUGGAUCGUGUCAUAUGAUUCCCCUAUAGUGCCACCACACGGGAGAAGAAAAAAGGGACGACCCAGA